UGCGCAGGCCACAAGAAAAAUUUUCUGGGCAGAAAAACACAUUCGAAUCCACACAACACGCAGGAAGACCGUCAAGGAGGAUUGCUGCCGCUGAAAGGCUCACUGGCGAGUACGGCGCGCUCGCUUUCUCUCGUGUUAUCCUCUGCCUCCUCUUGUGGACGGACAAAGAUCAAAAGGAGGUGCUGCCAAUCACGUUUAGAACGAUCGCCGUCCUGAGACGCGCGACGCCACGACGCCAUGUCGCGCAUCGAAGAGCUACCCGAUGAUUUCGACGAGCGCAUCGACCUGAACAAGCAGGCUCCCGCUCAGCACGUAUCCAGCGAUUCUUCGCAGGCGCCCGACCUCGUCGACCACUUGCUGCACACUGCACCCCCCUUCCCCUCGGAGCAGAGCAGCAGUCAGAACAAUGAAGCUGCGGCGUCGGCAAGCGGGCCGUCCAUGCCACCCGCGAUGCACUCAAUCCGGAAGUACACCGCGGACGAGGUGGUCAAGAUGCUGAACCGCACGCCGCUGUUCAUGACGACGCUGGACGAGACGGAUGGUGAGGGCGGCGAGAACAUCGAGCUGGAGGCUCUGCGCGCGCUCGCGUACGAAGGUACGAGAGCGGAGGUAGCGCAAAACUUUCGAGAGCAGGGCAACGAACAGGCGCGGGCGAAGCACUGGCGCGAUGCAAAGGGCUACUACGACCAAGCUAUCGCGGCGCUGAAGAAUCCGAACGUGAAGCCGCGGGACCCGGAAGAAGGCGCCGCGCAGCUGGACGUCGUGGAGCUUGACGAAGAGAAAGAGCGGGCCAAGGAAAGGGAAAUUGAAGAGGCAUGCUACAUCAAUCGGGCGCUGUGUAAUCUAGAACUCAAAAACUAUCGUGCGUGCACCCUCGACUGUGCAGCAACACUGAAACUCAACCCGGACAACGUGAAGGCGUGGUACCGCUCCGCGUCCGCGUGUCUGGCACUCGACAAGAUCCCCGAAGCCGAGGACGCAUGUGCCCGCGGGCUCGAGGUCGACCGUACCAACGCGGCACUGAAGACGCUGCAGGGUAAGAUACUGGCGCGUAAGAACCACCUGGCGGAGCUGGAGCGCAAGCGGCGCGAGCGUGAGGAACGCGCUGCCGCUGAGAAGGCGAUUCUGAGCAAGGGCCUGAAGGCGCGGGGUAUCAAGUCUCGCACCACGGAUGCAGCGCCUGACACAGAGGACGCGGUGCUACGGCUCUCCUCGCCGCUUGACCCGUCGUCUACGCUGGUCGUACCUGUUCUGCUGCUGUACCCGCUGCACGCUCAGAGCGACUUCAUCAAGGCCUUUGAGGAGACGCAGACGCUGAACGACCAUCUUGAAUACAUCCUGCCACUGCCGUGGGACGCAGAGAACGAGUACACGCCCGAAGUAGAAUGCUACAUUGAGUCGGCUGGUGGCGGGGGAGGCCUCAUUAAGGCGGGCAAGAAGCUGCCGUUGCACAAGAUCCUGGGUAGUGGCAAGGUCGAGAUUGUGGACGGUCUGCUGAGAGUGUAUGUGGUGCCAAAAGCACGCUCUGAGUCGUGGGUGCGCGAGUUCAAGGCGCGGCAGCCGCAGAAGCAGUGAGAAGAAUAAAAAGGCAUAAUGAUCAUGACCCCUGUAUUGCACAAGCCUUACGAAGCGUAGGGACCAGGCGUCAUGGCAGGUGUGCGGCGGAGACGACGAGGUCCGCGUGCAGACUUGUACCUGGCAAUCAGCAGCGCUCCACCGGAUCCGGCAAAUUCUGAUGAUGUCUCACCCUUCGCGUCCAGCAAAGGAGGCCCGUGGCGGGAACCCUUCCCUGCUCCUUCGACAGGGAAGCCCAGAGCAGGCAAGUGAAAAAGAAAUCCAUCCAAAGGCCAAAUUGGAAGUGGAAAGCGGAAGGGACGAUAAUCCCACUACUCCAGAAAAAAAGCAGUUCGCUGCACGCCAUCGCUCUUCUGAUCCAUGAUCCUUGACGCGUCAAUCCGAACGGGCCAUCCUUUCUUUGAUGAGACGACCAUCGUGUGACCUCGCCGUUUCCGCCGUUUUCGACUCGCGGAUGUCGCAGGGAACAAAACGUCUGAGAAAAAGGAAAAAAAAAGUAUAGAAAAUGAAAAUGCAAAAAAAAAAGAAGAAAAGUCAGAAGAAUCCUUCGCUCUCUUCCGGUGUCUCUCGGCGAGAACUCUCUCCGCACGUCGCCGUUGACAAGAAUCGCUGUUGCAGGACAGGCAGACUGGCAAGCACCGGGCUUGCAAAGAUGGGCUGAGCGGAGGAGUAGAGAAAAAAAGCAUGGAAACAUGAAUUGUCUACGCGCAAAGAAAGAAAAGGCACCUCCCUCACACCGUACGUCUCUUUCUUUUCCUCAAUCGUUCCUUGUUCUACACCUCGAGCUCGAAUAGCAAGCUUGGCUCAAGGCUCCCCAUCCGUCCUUGGUGGUUCGCCCUGAGCAGGACUCUUCCCGAACAAAAACGUCGGCUGUAUUUCGCAAAGCCAAUUCUCCACCGGCUUUUCCGAAGAGAGUUGUCAUACGUGUUGUCUCAAAACGCAGGCUCCCGUGCCAGCAGAUCCCUUGUUCCGUCCUGGCGCUCGCAGAGGGUUCAAGAUAAAAGUGUCGCGGAGGCGUGGAGUCCAACGCUGAAGCGCGACAUUAUCGUGGUCAGGCCAUUUUGUCUGACUCAAGCUGCACUCUGGCGUGACUGAGUUUUGUUUAACCAAGUCUGUGACUGCAGAAAAGCGGGGCACUGAUCCCCCUAUGCGUCAACAAAUAUUUUGUGAUCGUAACUCUCGUAGAUAGCAAUGGCUUAAGUUUUGCUUUCGUGCCGAGGAGGCUCUCAGUUAGCGCGACAUAGGUGGUGUAACACUCUGAUGAAGUAAACCCCUAUCUUGCGCUUUGCGCAGUUUUUAACAAUCAGACAUGGUACUGAGAGCUAACGUUGGGUGACAUAUAGGUCAGGAUUGAAUGAUUUGAGUUUGAGCAAAUACAUACUUCCGUCCCUUCCUCGCUUGCUAGCUUCUCCUUGCAUGUGGCUAACUGGAGAAUUACAUCUGUUUACUAUGCAUCUCAAUAUUUUCUUCACAGCCAUGUCUAUUUUUCAGUAGCAAGUCAAACUGACGCAAUAGAAGCUACUGUUCCACACAA